AUGGGCACAACGCGACAGCUCAUUGUCAAGGGUCGCCCGUUUCUGUCCCUGGCCGCUGAAUUGCAGAAUUCUUCCAUGACAUCGGCCGGUUAUAUGAGUUCGGUGUGGCAGAAGUUGGUCGACACCAAUGUCAACACUGUCCUGGGUUGCGUUACCUGGGAGGAUAUUGAACCUGUCGAAGACCAGUUCAGCUUCACGGAAUUGGAUAAAAUAGUUACAGGCGCAAGAGAACAUGGAUUGCACCUAAUCAUGCUAUGGUUUGGCUCCUUUAAGAAUGGUAUGUCUUUUCAUGUCGGACCUGACUAG